AUGGCUUUCCCGCCAUCGGGCCGAGGCUCCGGCAAGAGCCAGGCCUUGGGCGAGGCCCGCCGCGGCCCGUCCACCCCACACACCCCGAGGCCCGCCGCGGCUUCCGGGCAGGGCCCGGGGCGGCCUCCUCGCCGGGCGGCCCCUCAGCUGGGCGUGGGGGCACCGGGGGCGGCGGCGGGCGGGCGGGUCAGCGGGGAGGCCGGAGGCUGGAACCUUCCCCGGCCGCCAUUGGCGGGGCCCCGCCUGGAGUGGCGCCCGGGCGCGGGGGGUGGGGGGGCGGCCUUGCGUCACCGUGCGUGGUCAGCGUCUGGCUCUACCACAGCUUCUGAGGCUCCAAAUUCAGCUGUCUCCAGGGAGGCCAGCACCCAGUCGUCUUCAGCAACCACCAGUCAAGGAUAUGUUUUGCCAGAAGGCAAAAUCAUGCCAAACACUGUUUUUGUUGGUGGAAUUGAUGUUAGGAUGGAUGAAACUGAAAUCAGGAGUUUCUUUGCCAGAUAUGGCUCAGUAAAAGAAGUGAAGAUAAUCACUGAUCGAACUGGUGUGUCGAAGGGCUAUGGAUUUGUCUCAUUUUAUAAUGACGUGGAUGUGCAGAAGAUAGUAGAAUCACAGAUAAAUUUCCAUGGUAAAAAGCUGAAGCUUGGCCCUGCAAUCAGGAAACAAAAUUUAUGUACUUAUCAUGUGCAGCCACGUCCUUUGAUUUUUAAUCCUCCUCCACCACCACAGUUUCCGAGUGUUUGGAGUAGUCCAAAUGCUGAGACAUACAUGCAGCCUCCAACCAUGAUGAAUCCUAUAACUCAGUAUGUCCAGGCAUAUCCUCCUUAUCCAAGUUCACCAGUUCAGGUCAUCACUGGAUAUCAGCUGCCUGUUUAUAAUUACCAGAUGCCACCGCAGUGGCCUGCUGGAGAGCAGAGGAGUUAUGUUAUACCCCCGGCUUAUACAACUGUUAACUACCACUGCAACGAAGUUGAUCCAGGAGCCGAAGUUUUGCCAAAUGAAUGCUCAGUUCAUGAUGCUGCUCCAGCCUCUGGAAAUGGCCCACAAAAGAAAUCUGUUGACCGAAGCAUACAGACAGUGGUCUCUUGUCUAUUUAACCCUGAGAACAGACUGAGAAACUCUCUUGUUACUCAAGAUGACUACUUCAAGGAUAAGAGAGUACAUCAUUUUAGAAGAAGUCGGGCAGUGCUUAAAUCUGAUCAUCUCUGCUAA